GGAACAUUGCAUAUUCUGUAAUAUUAUUGUUACACUAGAAGAAUUCAUUUAUUCUGUUGUCACUGGAAGCCCAUGCGAUGAGUCUUACCACCAAGCGUUCAAGUAAAGACUUGUUACAUCCUGCUCGGGUUUUUCUACGCGUGCGUCACCAUAGAUCUCGCAAAGGAAUUAGCGAGAAUGCAAUAGAAAAUGACGGAGACGUACGACCGCGUGUGCGAGUGCGAUGGGAUGACAGCACCGGACCUUUUACUUUCAUUUCUGAAUCUGAACGUAGUACGAAUUCUCAAAACCUCUCUUCGUCAACUGUUGUGUUUCAGCGUUUGUCUAAAAAAGUUACUUCAUCGUGCGGGGAGGUGUGUACUGAGACGGUCUUAACGUCAUCAUUCCUGUCGAAUAGUACACCUAUUGAAAUAGGUGGGACCACACUUUGUGUCAAUUCCGUUAAACGAGCUCAACAGUAUGUUUUGAUUGAUUCCAUAGCCGAAGCUACCGAGACAGAAUUAUGUACUAGUGAUAAAAUAGAAGAAGAUGUUUACGUGAUGCUAGCGGGACCCGAUGAGGCAGAGGAAGAUGUGUCGUUUCCUAUGAACUAUGCACUUAAUGACGAAUUUGAUUUUGACGAACUGACAGUUAGUGAAAAGACCCAGCCUGCACUGCAUCCGAUUAAGCAAGUUGGAAAACGUCUGCGUGAUGCGAAGGAUUCUAUGCAUACGUUUUUUUUAGUACCACCUCGUCGGGCACGACUCGAUGAAGGAGAAGGCGAUGCCAAUACACCUUCUACAUGGCCACUGAUUUGUGAGGAGAGCGACAGCAUUUUAUUAGAUUGCAUACACGGUUAUGAGGAUUUAGUUUCAUUUGUACUCGAGGGUAGCGGGGCAGCUCGAGAAGAUCUUUACUGCUGUGCAGAUCAUCGAAAAGACGAUGAGUACGACAGUAACGCGGAGGACUUCUCAGGGAACGAUUAUCCUGAAAGUGAAUGUUUUGAUAAUUCGAUGUCAGACAUGGAUUCCCACUCUACUACCCAGAAAGACAGCGAAUUUGGUCAAGAUUAUCGACCUUCGAGACUCCGUACCAAUUACGGCAUUUUCUGCGAACCGGAUUAUAUAGAAAAUUGUUUGGGGGAAGGUUGGGAAAGUGACUACUAAUUUGAUUCAGCUUCAAGGAGAUCUAAUGUCUGGUAUUUAUUUGAGUAUUUUAGAUCUAUAUUUUUUUGCAGUGACUUAACCAAACUUUGAGUCAAAAUGGCAAGAGGCA